CCAAACUAACUCAUAAUCCUGUUUCAUUAUAAGAAUUCACACCAUCUUCAUGAACUAUACAUUUCCUCUUCUCCUUUCAGUAAGGGAAGAAAAAAGAAGCUACAUAAAAUGCAAGCCAAAACCACCCUACUCCUUUCACUAAUUGUGUUCUUCAAUAUUCUUUUCUUUCUACCCCCUCUAACUAAUGCAUCUUCUUCAAAUAUAACUGCGAUUUUCGCGUUUGGUGACUCCAUCUUCGACCCUGGCAAUAACAAUGUCCUUUCUACCAUUGUCCGUGCCAAUCACUUGCCAUACGGCAAGGACUUUCCAGGCCAUGUUCCAACUGGAAGAUUUUGUAAUGGGCAAUUGACAACAGAUAUUUUAGCUUCAAAGUUGGGAAUAAAGCAAGUUUUACAAGCUUAUUUAGACCCUAUGGUCUCUAAUAAGGACUUGUUAACUGGAGUUAGUUUUGCUUCUGGUGGUUCAGGCUUAGAUGAACUUACAGCCAAGGAAAAUAAUGUGUUGACAAUGGAGAAUCAGUUGAAUUACUUUGAGCAAGCUUUAAAGAGGAUGCAAAAAGUUGUAGGGCAAAAAGAAGUUAAGUAUAUAGUUGAAAAAUCUCUGUUUAUGAUCGCUGCGGGGACGAACGAUGUGUGUGAUAAUUUUUAUACGUUGCCAACUCGAAGAUAUCUUUCUUUGUCAGGCUACCAUGAUUUUCUGCUCAAUAGUCUUGAGGAUUUUGUCAAUGAUUUGUAUGAAAUGGGAGCAAGAAAAAUUGUUGUGGCAGGUCUUCCACCAGUGGGCUGCUUGCCUGUGCAAGUGACCAUUAAUAGUUUUCUACCAAGCUUUCAUAUGUUUCAGCGUGUCUGCAGACUACAGCAGAACUUGGACUCACAGAAUUAUAACAAUAAGCUUCAAGCACUCAUUUCCAGGUUGCAAGCUACAUAUUCUGGGUCCAAACUUAUCUAUAUGGAUGUCUACAAUCCCCUUUUGGACAUGAUAAACAAUCCAUCAGCCUAUGGAUAUGAUCGGAUCCAUGAAGGAUGCUGUGGAACUGGUUCAGUAGAGAUGGGUCCUUUGUGCAAUAGGUUUGAUCCAACAUGUGUGAAUCCCUCCAAAUAUAUCUUCUGGGAUGCUGUUCAUCCUACACAAACAACUAAUGAACAUCUUGUUCAUUAUUUCCAGCAGACUCUGCUACGUCAACUUGUUGACUAAUCACCAUUAAUUUUAAAGCUAAAUUUCCAGCAGACUCUGCUACGUCAACUCUGCUACCAACUUCGCUGCUAAAUAAUUUAGCUACAAAACUUAUUUGUCACUAAUUUUUAUCGUGAAUUGAGGUUCAUGGAUCAGAUAUGACCCAUGGCCAUUAAAUUUAGAA